AUGUCACCUGGUGGCGCACAACCGAGCCAGCCAAACUCAUCAUCUACUCCACCACGCCCCAAUGUACCAGCUCAAGCUGUGAGCUCAAUAAAAACUACCCCAAACAGUCAUGGGGCUGCUACUGUCAGUGAACACAUUGGCCUGGUUGGUACUCGGGUUAAUCAAGUCCGCCCAUGGGUUCAGCGUGACAUUGAGAAGGCUGAGAGAUGCCACAUAGAUAAGAUGCUGGAAGUCCUCUUGCAGCGCGCUUCUCUCGAUCCGAAGACUGAACAGCCUGACCUCCUGGGAAGGUGUCUCCAGGCCGUUCUAUCAGUUUGCAAUUGGACUGCAACACCCGCUGGUAAAGCCCCUGAUAAAGACUUUCAUUCUUCCUGCAUCAAGGACGCCCUUGACAAAUAUGUGUUGAAAGGAGUCGAAGAGGACUACUACGAGCCUUUCAUCACAGCCACCAACAUUGCGCUGGCUUGUCUUGACAAUAUCAAGAUUGAAGGAAUGCGUGCUACUUUGGGCGAGCCAGAUAUUGUCUUGCAGAUGAAUGAUAUCGAAAUGACCCAAUCCCACCAGAACACAACAUCGCAACGGUGGCCCAACAUCGAACCAAAAGCAAAACUCCUUUGGAAAAACGUGCUGGCAUCAAUCGAGUUCAAGAGAAAGACGAAGAAGUAUCUUCGUGUCCCCUCUUCGUAUGACGUGAAGAGUUAUGUCCCUACAAAGCCAGAAUAUCUGGGAGUAGAAACUCCUGCCACCGACACCCCCGAGACCCCAGCGUCAGGCCCUUCGCAGACCCAAGCGGAACAACCUAAAGCUGCCCCUCCAACUAUACGCCGUUCAAACCGUCUUAUUGCACAGUCCCCGGCCACGACCAGUAACUCCAGUUCCAAGCGCAAGGCAGAGGAACCUUUGCAAUGCACUGGCAAGCGAACCAAGACCAGCGAGACGGAGCCCAAGCUAGAUGUGACUGUCCAAACAGGACUAUAUGCUGCUGAAAUGUUCGCAGCAAAUAUUGCAGUCAAACAUCUCCUUAAUCUUAUUAUCAUCGAUGCUAUUAUCUGGGAUUGGGGUCGAAACCCGAACUUCAAAGAAGUUGAGCAAGGAGGUUCACACAUGUUGAAAUUGGAUGACGAGGAAGAGGGCUCGCAAAUAUUGCAAUCGGACGACGAGGAAGGAAGUUCUCAAAUGUUGGAAGUCGACGGUGUGGAUCUUCUCUUCCACACCAGCGACAAAGCAAGAGUCACUCACUACGGACUGAAAGGACGGGCCACAAAUGUGGUCCCGGUCACCAGCGAAUACCUAGCUAAGAAAUACCCUGAGGUACAGAAAGAUGAAAUGGUGGCCAAAAUAUUCUGGGCAGAGGAGGGACGGACUAGUGAGCCAGAGAUCUUGAAAAAGGUUGAAGAGAUCGCCAAGACGGAGAAGGCUGUGGAAGGCCAUACACCUCACCUGCUUUGGCACCACAAGUUGAAAAAUCCUACCUCCGCAAUCCGAGAAGCACUUGGCCUUCCAGAACCCAAGAAGGGUAGCUGCGUGCUCUAUGUUCUCAUUUUCCGCAGACUCCAACCACAAACCUCGAAGGCGAACAUCUUUUCGAUGUGUGGCGUCAAUGCAUCUUGUGUAUGUGGCCAUCUUGCUCUCUGGAAAGGAGGAGUUCAUCACCGAGAUGUCAGCCCUCCUAACAUGAUGUUUUACAAGACCGAUAAAGGCGUCCUUAUGGGUGUCUUAAACGACUUUGAUCUAUCAUCAUUGGCGACCACAAAGGGGCCUCUAGGCAACGAGCGUACAGGCACAGUGCCAUUCAUGGCGCUCAAUCUUCUCACCGAAGAAGGGGUAGACAAUGCCCAGGAAUCAGAAGCAGAUAUGGAUGAGUUUCUAUGCAGAUUUACAUCUACCAAAAGCUGGAUUAGCCUCAGCGAGGAUUUACCACGGACACAAUUCCAUCUUCUAUUCUUUUUCGCAAACCACCCCGACUCAUUAGUCCUAAGACCUGGAUCUGUUUUAGUUGCAACCCAGCACAUGACCUACAAUGCAUGCAAUUUCCUUUUUGGUGCACAAUGUUUUCUAUCCUCUCUUUCUCUUUUGCCUUUGCGACUCUGUGCAGAUAUGGCUCGCACCAGGCGGACCAAAAUAAAGUCUACCGGAGGGCCUGCGAAACGUGGUGUACUACCUGGUUCCCUCAGGCAUGUCCCUGUUCACAAUGGCAAAGUGCUCAUCGAAAGUGUAUAUCCCAACACGUUACCAAGUGGGUUGUCGAAGAUGAUAACGAGUGGGAUUAAAGGCCCACUGAAGCCUCAACAUUGGAACAUCAUAAGCGCGGCUGACUCCCCCAGUAUGUACAAGUGCUCAUUUUGCCCGCGCACCAUAUGCAAGUGCUGUCUUGCCAUCCCGGAAGAGUUGCGGGAGUAUAUCGACAGCGACGAUAUUUUUUUCAGAUGCCCAGGUUGCCACGAAGUUCGCGAUAAAUGGAAUAGGAAGGGCAUCAUUACACCGUACUCUGGUUUUGAGGACGCUGAAGGGAAGCCUGCGCUGGCGAGGCCUGUCACUAUCCAUGGCCACAUUGAGCUGACCAGUCAGUCAGAGGUAUGCACCAUGCCAGUUCUCAUUCUCAACUUUGUCCUCGAUGGUGUUGAUGUCCUUGGGUCACCUGCACGCAUCAUGCGAGAUGCACUGCAUCCAUACGUUGCUGCAGAUUACCGUGAAAUCAUCUUCGAUGUCAGAACAGUUUCCAAGGCCAAGAACCAUGCUAAGUUAAUGACGAAGCUCGCAAAUGAACUAGGAUCACGUUGUUAUGAUCGUGUCGAGGUCUUUGUCCACUCUCACUCAGAGACCACGCAAGGUGACCUUUGGGGAGGGUUCAAGAACAGCAAGAACAAAGGUGAGCAAGGGGAACCUGUCGCCUACGCAAUCAAUGAUUUUUUUGUGCUAGUCUUCGUCAAUGGCAUGGAAAACUUUCUGCAGGGAAGCACGCUGUGGAUGUUGGUGUGCGGCCAUAUGGUACGCGAAGUUGACGCCUUUGACAAUUUCAAAGCUUGUACCAAAAGUUAUGAAGUCCAACAUGCUUUUGCAUUCGGUGCUGAGCACUUUCAUGCAUGCCUUAUCAUGGCAUUCAACAUCACUUAUGUCAGUUGUGUUCUUGUUGAAGGCUUCGAGGUACAGGACACCAUGCAGGAUCUUCUGGUAGCGUCCUUUCAACUCGGCAUGCACAGUUCCAUAAUACAUGUCCAUAUCACAAAUGCUUUCCGUCAUCACCCGCCUACUGUCUCCGAAUACAACAAAGGGGCCCUGUAUGUCGACGAAAAGGCCUCCAUGAUCACAUCGACAUACACAUACUUCGAUGAGAACCAGCAUCCUUGGGGAAACCCUCUACCAUAUCAAUGUUUGGACUGCAACUGUGUUCGUCCUUGGAACUGCAGCACUCGCUCUAUGUCCGACAAUGUCAAGUUCUCUUGCAAGAACUGCGGUUUCAUCCUUACCUAUACGAAACCUGACCAGACAAAAAUCAUCCUAUUCACCGAUGGUUAUCAGGGAACUAGCAAUUCCAGUGGGAAGCUAACGAAAAAAGGCCGUGGCACCGGUUGUGGGUGGCUGGUGCUUGUAGUAAACGAGCCUGGUGUGCCAGCUGUUGCUCAAUCAAGAACCCAUGCCGCUGCGGACCAUUGA